AUGAAGUCUCAGAGGGCAUGCUGGCCAGCGGCCCUGGGCCGCACCGGGAGCAAGGAGGUGCAGGAGGAGGAGGAGGUGACGCCCUCCCGCCCCUCCCGCCGGUUCAGCGGUUGGUGGGGCAGCGACGCCGAGUCCGGUUCCAAGCCCGACGCCGCGUCCAAGCUCGCCCCGCGCACCGUUAGCCUCCUGUCCCAGGGCCUGGACCUGCUGUCCCUGAGGAUGGCCUCCAGCGCCCUGCCAACUGAUGAGCAGGCCGCGGAGGAGGCCGCCCCCCCGCCCAAGGUGUCCCACGAGCGCAAGCGGAGCUGGUCCAUCACGGGAACCCUGGGCCUGGGCCGGAAGUCUAUCACCAGCACCAAGAAGGGCGAGGCCUCGCGCAUGAGCCGCGCGGGGGGCGAGGUGACUGUGGACGAGCUGGUCCGCGCCGUCAAGCGCCUGGGCCCCAAGCAGGGCGUGAUGGAGGGCGUGGAGGCGGGGCUGGCCUGCCUGGACUCGCGCGCCGUGGCGGCCCUGCUCAAGGAGCUGGCCAAGGCCGGGGCGGGGCACCGCGCGACGGAGCUGUUCGACGCGCUGCGCGCGCUGCCCCCCGGCGCGCCGUUGGCCCGCCUGGCGGACCUGUACACCUACACCACGGCGGUGAGCCAGUGCGGCGCGGGGCAGCAGCUGCGGCGCGCGCUGGAGCUGGUGGCGGAGAUGCGCGCGCGGCGCGUGGCCUGCAACAUCCACACCUACUCCGCGCUCAUGGGAGUGUGCGUGAAGUGCGGGGAGUGCGACCUGGCCCUGGACGUGUACCGCCAGGCGCUGGACGAGGGGCUGGCCCCCAACGCGGUCACCUUCAACAUCCUGGUGUACGCGCGCAUGCUGGCGGCGGGGGCCGCGCCCAGCUCGACCACCUACACCUCCCUCAUCUCCGCCUACGGCAAGGCGGGGCGGGAGGUGGUGGCGCUGGCCGCCGCGCGCGGCAUGGCCGCGCACGGCCUGGAGCCCAACGUCAUCACCUUCUCCUCCCUGGUCUGCGCGGCGGAGAAGGCGCGGCGCGGGGACCUGGCCCUCGCCGUUGUUGCCGACAUGCGCGCGCGCGGGUGCCGUCCCAACGUCGUCACCUACAACGCCCUGCUGGGAGCCUGCUGCCAGGCAAACAUGUGGCAGGCGGCGCUGGACGCCUUCACCCAGAUGCGCAGCGAGGGCUGCUGGCCCGACGCGCGCGCGCGCCUGCGCGCCGCGCUGCGCGGCGACGUGGCCGCCAUCUCCCCGCUCCGCGUCCUGCAGCUCUACUUUGAGCGCCUGGGUUGCAGCGUGCAGGCGGUGGCAGCCGACCCGCAGCUGCACGCCAUGACGGUGAUGGCCGUGGAGGCCGCGGCCGCCGCAGCCAUGGCCCCCGAGGGCCCCCCCGCCCUGGCGCCCAGCCUGGUGGCCGCCGCCUGCCUGGCGCACGCGCGGGGCAGGCUGGGCAUGACCCCGGUCUGGCCGGAGGCGCUGCAGGCCAUGACCGUCUACGCCGCCGAGGACCUGAUCCCCGCCGCGCAGGCGGUGGAGGCCGCCACGGCCGCCGCGGCGACGCAGUGCCUGGCGUGA